UGUCAUUCAGCGUUCCUAAGCCCUGCAGUGUCCGGACUCGUUUCUGCUGAGCAGGAGUCAGGUAAGCUUGUUCAUCUGGAGACAGAGUCUGAAGAGGACUGUCACUCCCAGAUUACCUCCACAGGCUGGCCAACUUCCAACAUUCAUCACCAAAGGCUGCCUGAAGAAAGAACUGAUGUCUCUGUUGAGGCCCCCUCAACAGAGACAUCUAUUGGUGGCUCAACAGGUUCAUCUCAUGCUGUUUCACCAAAGCCUAGACAAAGACUGCUUGGAAUUUUUAGAAGAGAGAAAGAGAAAACUAUUGAAGUGCACAGUCCACAAAAAGAAGAGGUGAAGAUACCUAAGCAGAUAGAACCAGGCAACACCCAUAAUCUCUCUCAAGAGGCAGCAGAUUGGACCACGGACAAACCUGCAAGUGUCAAACAAGAAGCUAAAUCCUCUGAGAUGACAGAGGUUAGAACACUACAAUUUACAGCACUGCAGAACACACCGUUUAAAGAAACAGUGACCUCAGUAGAUGAAGACACUCAGCAGGAGGCAACAGAAGAUAGAGUUGUUCGGCUUCCGGAGAGACUAUCCAAUCGGAAAGCUUUCUGGGAGAGAGAAAACAGUGGUCCCAAAAUAAUAUUUACCAGAGAAGAGGCAAGGCGAAAAGACUUCUCUAAGAGUGGAGUAAAAGCUCCACAUGGCUGUCAGACCAACUCUGAUGUGGAGAGCAUUAACAACAUUCUCUCACCUCAAAUGGAAAUGACAGUUGAGGACACUGCUGACAGGUCACCACAAACUGACUGUACCUUCUUUGUAGAUUUAUCUAAUGAAGAUGGCACAUAUAGAGCUAAUCCAGUCAUCAUCUAUGAAGAGACAGACGACUCUUUAACAGGUUCAGUGACAGAGUCCAAGAUUUCUGAGCCACAGGAUAACGCCAUCAUUCCUGUACCUUCCUGUGUAGCUUUCAACACCCAAAAGCUUGAGAGGGACAUUCCAGUUCCCCUUCCCAGGCAGUCCAGUUCCAGUCCUCAAGAGAACAGGCCAGCCAAGAUUAGUGAGGUUAAGCAUAUCUGGGAAAAGGAAUACACAGGACCCAGGGUAAUCGCUGCAAGAGUCAAGGAAGCCUCACGCAGUUCAAUACUCAGUAACAAAGUGGUUUCUCCACAGUUUGAUCUGAGAACUUCCUUAGAUAACAGAGAGAAGUCUGAGGAAGAGGCACAGACAUCUCUGUACAAAACCAAGUCUAACGUCUUGAAACUAUCAAAAGUGACAGACAAAUGUUUUGUCAGUUCUGGUAGUACUGGGGAUGUACAAUCAGCAUGUCACCAAUAUCAAGUCAAGGCUGAUUUUGAGUAUCAAGAAAGGCCCCUCAGUCCUAAACGAUCCCAAACUCCAAGAUCAAAAGACCAGGAUGACGAAGUCAGGAGGAGUCCAUCUAAGACCUGCCAUCCAAGGGUCCUGCUUAGAGAAUCCUCCAGUCCUAAGAGAUCCGAGCUGGAAGGCUCUCACUUGAAAACCUUUCCAAUAGACAUCGACCCCCAAGCUAAGGUCAUUGAAGAGCAACAAGGGAAGCCAACACCAUUUCCAAGACAGAAGAAGAGUCCCGCACAUGAGGCAAAGCAGACAGUGCUGACAGACACUAACAUUAGGGCAGGCAUCAACUCUCAAUCUCUCCCUUCACAUCCAGAGGACAGAGGGGCUUACCUUGGUAAUGUGAAUACACAACAAUGUAGUUCAAGCUCCUCUACUUUAACACAAUCCAAAAAAGCCCCAGAGAAGAAGUUGAUGACCUUUCCACGUCUCGCCAGAUCUUUCAUCCCUCAGGAUUAUCAGCACUACCUCGGACCAAAAGAGAAGUCGCAUGUCCCUCUUUUUCACCAAGGGAGAGCUGUUGUGGCAGAGAAUGAUGCUUUAAACACACUGCAUAAUGCCCUUAGAGACUUUGUGGGAAACCAGAGUGACAGUCCUUCUGAGGAGAAUCCUCGGGGCAUCAGUUCUUGGAUUGUGCAAAAUUAUGAUGGAAACUCCAGCCAAAACACAACGACCAGGGCCUGGUCUUUGUCUCGGGCAAGUUCAGGCAGUUAUGAUGACAGUACUAGUCCCAUCUUUUCAGUACUUAAACGAUUAUCUUCAAGGAGCACGUCUUCAUCCAAGAGCCUGGAAAACCUCACCUCACAAACAAGAGAAGAGAGGACCCAAAAUAACUCAAGAGAACAAAUGAAUCAAAGUGUGGAUAACGCCUCUACUCUCUCCAGCUCAAAGCAGAUGAAAACCAGUGUGUCCAUGACUGUUCUUCAGCAGGACGAGAACGACAGUGACAGCACUUUUGAGACUAACUUGGGCUGGAGAAGGAACACGGGCAGCUCCACAUCAAACUUAAGUCUCUCCUCGGGAAUGGCCUCCAUGUCGUCUGUCAGCGGCAGCAUCAGCAGCCUUUACCCUGCAGACUUUGGAGACAUUGAAGUCCAGGGAAGCAUCCAGUUCGCUGUGAAUUACAUCCAGAAGCUUGGAGAUUUUCACAUAUUUGUGGUGCACUGCAGGGAUCUGGCCGUGGCAGACACCAAGAAGACCUGCUCUGACCCGUAUGUGAAAUGUUACCUUCUCCCUGACAAGACAAAAUUGGGAAAGAGAAAAACCAGUGUAAAAAAGAAAUCUUUAAACCCAACCUACAAUGAAAUCCUCAGGUUUAAAAUCAUAAUGGAAUUGUUGAAAACUCAGUCUUUGAACAUCUCCGUGUGGCACAACAACACUUUUGGGCGGAACAGUUUCCUGGGCGAGGUGGACCUGGAUAUGUCAGAGUGGGACUUCAGUAACACACACAUAAAUGAAUACGCACUAAAGGCCAGGGUCUCAGGACAAAGUCCAACAGCGUCUCCCUCACAUCUGAUGGCCAGCAGAGGACAAAUGAGAGUCGCCCUGAGAUUCCUGCUGCAGACAUCCCGCAGUAAAAGAACAUCUAGGAUGGAGACUGGUGAGGUGCAGAUUUGGGUAAAAGACUGCAAGAAUCUUCCUCCAGUCAGAGGAGUCGUUAUCGACCCGUUUGUGAAAUGUACCGUACUUCCUGACACGAGCCGGAAAAGUCGACAGAAGACGCGGGUGGUGAAGAGGACGGCCAACCCGAUGUUCAACCACACCAUGGUGUACGAUGGCUUCCGAUCGGAGGACCUCAGAGAGGCCUGUGUGGAGAUAACAGUGUGGGAUCACGACCGACUGAACAACCACUACAUUGGCGGCCUGAGGCUUGGUUUGGGGACAGGGAAGAGUUACGGGGUGGAAGUGAUCUGGAUGGAUUCAACGACAGAUGAAGCAAAUUUAUGGCAGAGGAUGUUACAGUCUGAUGGUGAAUGGGUGGAGGAUGCUUUACCUCUGAGAAUGUUGGUAAUGGCAAAAAGCAUGUCAAAGUGAGAUUGUACACAAUGUGUUGAUAAAUGUGUGGAAACUUUAUGGGAGCACACUGCAUGCACAUUUGGAUAGAUCAACUAACUAUAGUCUACACUGAGUGGACGCAGCUGCAUUAGUGAGCAAUGUGUGUGCAUCUGUAUAAUUGAUGAUCAUUGUAUGAUAAGUAUAUACACGAGGUACUUUAAUUUAUAUAGCCCAAACCACAUGUUACAUUUGUCAAUUUAAAAGGAGUUAAUUAUUUAUAAUACAAUGUAAGUUAUGCAACAUAUAAAUUGUUUUGAUCUGAGCACUAAUGAAUUGUAUACAGUCUUGUUCAACCUAUUCUAUCUUCAAUAAACAGUAUAUUAAUGGGA